CUUUCCACUACACAUGUGGUUUUGCCCUUCCAUGUGGCAUUUCUCCAGGUCAUCUUUCUCUUUAGCCCUGGCUGGCCUUUGUGGUUCGAGGUGGUCCACUGCCUUGCGUUAUCAUCAGUUCACAUCCCGCUCUGGAUUGGCGUGAAGAUUUUCACUCGAGUGUGUCACCGAAUGAUGCCAUUGGAAGCUUCUGCUGAUAAGCGUGGGACCAUCUGCUUGGCACUUCUCAAAUAUUUUCAGCAGUGGGAGAGCAGCUCUGAUUCCUUCCGAGAUGAGAGGCUGCAGCCAUGCAGCCUUCGAGAUGUUGGGACUGGAGACCCUGCAGGCUGGCUGGGCAUUGAUGCCCCAGACGCAAAGGGAAAGCCAGCCUGUGGCCACUUCUGACCCUUCCUGAGCAAAUGACACCAGCGAGUCCGCGUCCCAGUUUUUCAUUGUUCAGCUGUCCUUGACAACCAGAACAUCUCUUUCAUGAGAAGGAAGAGAGGAGGGCAGAUGCUCUGUGAUGCUGCCGAUAAUGCUGACCAGUCAUGGUGCCGUUACCUCCUUGGCCGUCUUUGCACUCCGUUCCCACUGAGGAUUCCGCUGCCCUGUAACUGAGCGCUCCAGGUACCACCGAGGGCUGUCAGGAUGAGCUGUCCUUCCAUCCCAGGCUGUCACUGCCAGAAAAUUACCUGAAGAGGUCUAGCCUGAGGCCUCCUCAUGGAUGGGUCAAACGUGACAUCAUUUGUUGUUGAGGAACCUACGAACUUCUCCACCAGCGGGAAUGCCUCAGCCGGGAAUGCAUAUCGGCAAAUCCCCAUCGUGCAUUGGGUCAUCAUGAGCAUCUCCCCAGUGGGGUUUGUUGAGAAUGGAAUUCUCCUCUGGUUCCUGUGCUUCCGGAUGAGAAGAAAUCCCUUCACUGUCUACAUCACCCACUUGUCUAUUGCAGACAUCUCACUGCUCUUCUGUAUUUUCAUCCUGUCUAUUGACUAUGCUUUAGAUUAUGAGCUUUCUUCUGGCCAUUACUACACAAUUGUCACAUUAUCGGUGACUUUUCUGUUUGGCUACAACACGGGCCUCUAUCUGCUGACGGCCAUUAGUGUGGAGAGGUGCCUGUCCGUCCUUUACCCCAUCUGGUACCGAUGCCAUCGCCCCAAGUACCAGUCGGCGUUGGUCUGUGCCCUUCUGUGGGCUCUUUCUUGCUUGGUGACCACCAUGGAGUAUGUCAUGUGCAUCGACAGAGAGGAAGAGAGUCACUCUCGAAGUGACUGCCGGGCGGUCAUCAUCUUUAUAGCCGUCCUGAGCUUCCUGGUCUUCACGCCCCUCAUGCUGGUGUCCAGCACCAUCUUGGUCAUGAAGAUCCGGAAGAACACCUGGGCUUCCCAUUCCUCCAAGCUGUACAUCGUCAUCAUGGUCACCAUCAUCAUAUUCCUCAUCUUCGCCAUGCCCAUGAGACUCCUUUACCUGCUGUACUAUGAGUAUUGGUCCACCUUUGGGAAUCUCCACCACAUUUCCCUGCUCUUCUCCACCAUCAACAGUAGCGCCAACCCUUUCAUUUACUUCUUUGUGGGGAGCAGUAAGAAGAAGCGAUUCAAGGAGUCCUUAAAAGUUGUUCUGACGAGGGCUUUCAAAGAUGAAAUGCAACCCAGGCGCCAGGAAGACAACUGUAAUACUGUCACAGUCGAGACGAUCGUCUAAGAACUGUGAGGGAAGUUGUGGAUAAAAAUGGUAGAACAGGUCAUUUUCAGUUUGUGCUUGGACUGUAACUUAAGUAUCUCCUAAAUAUGAUACAGAAGAACAUCUCAUCCCAUAGACAUGAGAUACUAAUUAAUGAUGAAAUUGAACUCUUGUACUGUAUCUUCUGGAAAUGACCCGUCAUUUCUGUUCUUAACAAAGACUCUUUCUAUUUCUUUCAGUUCUUUUGGCAGCAUUUUACCAUGAACCACAAAAAUGACUUUAGCAGGAAGAUUUACAGAUCUGUACGGGAGGAGGUAACAAAACUGUUUGUUGGAACUUGAGGAGGCAGCUCCAAGUAGCAGGAAGUACAAAGGUUGCUUUCUGUGUGACCUCAGGCAAAUUGUUAAACCUCUCAGAGCCUCCUUUCCUCACUCAUAAAAUGGUCACAGCAAUAGUCUAUACCUCCUAGAUCUGCUGUGAGGAUGAAAUGAGAAGAUAACGCUUGCAAAGCACCUGGCACAUUGUGGAUGUUCAUUAAACAUCAGUCUCUCCUCACUCCCUUCGAUAGUAGACAAAAUGUAAAUUUUUGUUUUGUGAAGCGCAUAUGCAAACAUACACACAGCUCUAUCAUGUACAGAAGUUAUGUGUUUUUACAUGUUGAAUGUAAAUUUACAGUGAUCUUCUUUUUGCUUGUGGCAUGAAAGCUUUUCAUGAUAUAACAUCUCUAUUGAAAAACAUCGCAGAUGUUAUGCUCUAACCAGCCAUGUGCUAGAGCAUCAUUUCAGGUUGUGAAGAAAUACAUUUGGCCACCAGUUGAGGAGUUUCCCAUGGCUUCCCUUCCCUCUGUGGGAAUACUAGAUGAAAUGAAAGUCUGUGUUUUGAAAUCCUUUGAUUGCAUAUAAACUUUUACGAAUGGAGUUGAAUGUAUGAGUUCCUGGGGGUGACUGUGGCCCUCCUCCCCCACAAAGCAAUGGGUUGUUUAUAGCCAGAAUUCUCACCUGCAGCCAAGUGCGGGUCCCUGCACCUCUCUGCCUCCUCUCCUCCUGAGGCUUUUUUUUUUUUUGCAACAUGCCUGGAAGGAGGCUCAGUGGCAAGGGUUAAUGAGAAUGUGGUCACAUCCUGGAGGACUCUGACAUUUUUGCUUAUGACAGAUCCUUGCACGACUUCCUCAGCAUCUUUCCUCAGCACCCCAGGGUGGGCUCUGCCUCUUGCCUGCCAUGAGUCGCCCGCCAGACAUCGCAUGUCCUGGGUUUUAGCUGUGAAGCCCGUCUCAGCCUAUGACUGCAUAGCUAUGUUUAUUUCCUUCUGUCCUUUCUAGGAGUUCCACAACAAUGACAAUGUGUCACGUGAUUCUACAGGUUGUAAAAUGUUCAAGCCCAUAGAAACAAGCCUGUUAGUAUUUGUUUUAACUGUUUGCUCUUUAAAAGGUCAGAGAGGCGGUGAUGAAAUUGAGUUCUCUGUUGCUGCUUGUCCUUCCCCAUCCUCAAAAGAAACGACGGGGGCAGCUUUGCUGGGGAAGAUGAGUCUCUCCCCUCAAGCCAGGACCCCGCUGCCAGCCAAGCUUGGAUGCAGGAGGCUUUUCAGUGGGUGACGACAUCUGAUUCAGAAACAAGGCAGCUUGCUUUCAGAAGCCCAGAUGGGGUGUGGAGCAAUGACAUUUAGAAUGAUCUUGUUUUUGGUUGAAAAUGGAGUAUCUUCCCUGGGAAGAACAGAAUGUGGAGAUCAGAGUGACUCCCCUCUGUUUCCUGUCCUCUCCUGUGUGUGCUGCGUGCUGGGCUCUGGGAUAGAGAAAGGGGACAACCCCGUCUCAUCUCAAAGGGGAUCUUAGUCUCAGAGAGGACCCUAAAGACUAUCAGACACAAGGACUUUCUACUAAAGGAAAAUAUGGUGAACCAAUAGGAAGCCCCUAGUGACUGUUUUUCUGCAGAUAAAGUGGGGAAAUCACAUGUGAUAAUCAAUACAAAAAUUUUUCUAACUUUUAAAAUGAUGCUUUACCAAGAGAUAGGGUUCAGAGUUUAGCAGGGUUAUAAAGACUGAUUUCUUUCUCUCUUCCCCUAAACCCAUUCCCAAAGUGAACUGUAAAGUUAAAACUAAAACAAGAUUUAAGUAAAUUUGCAAAUGUGUAGAGAAUAUGAAAUAAUUUGUACGCUUUAGGCAUUCAGACAAUUUGCUUAAGUCAUUUUAGGUUACUAGGUGCCACUUCUGAGAAUUCCCCGGGUCCAGGAGGAGACUGUUUUGAUAAUGCCUGUCCUAACUGCAGGGCAAGGGUUUGUAGUAUUCCUGCUACAAAUACUCAUGGACAGCCUUCUCUGCAGAACACCCUAAUGUGGGCAUGGCCAAGACGGGGAAGUGGAAACCCCUGCCGUGUGUCAUAGGAGGGAGAUACCGCAUAACUACAAUGCCAGGCUGCACAGUUUGUUAGGCAAGUGUUAGGAAAAAAAAUUGUGUGGCAGAGGUCACUGCAGGAGGGGCUCUUCCUGCCACCCCCACACUGCACACACCAGCUUCUGUCCCCUCCCCUGCCCACUGGGGUGGGGAUAUACUUGCACUCAUCGUGCUAUAUAUUGAUUUGCUUAUUUGCUCAUCCUCUGUCUCUUCACACUAGACUAUAAGCUCCUUGGGGGCAGGGACAUAGCUUUGCUCACUGCUGUAGCCCCAGCUUAUUUGCUGUGGUGGUCGAAUCCACUGCACCCCUCUCUUGGCUGUUUCCUUUGCACAUAUAAAUAGGCUCAAUUGUUUCCGCCUGACCAGAAGCCUUUCUUUGCCCCAUAGUCCUUUCCAGCUUUUAUCUCCCCUCCCUCCCUUCCUUCCAAACCACCUUCUAGAUAGGCUCUUCCACACUCACUGUCCUGCCUCUUGCCACAAUUUACCCCUCAACAUGCUGCCAGUUGUCUUGCAGCCUGAAUGUCAUAGAGAAAUUGGUACAGCUAGGAAGGUGAGUAACUUCCACGGUGCUAAAUCUGAUGGGCUGUUUUCUACCUAUGCCUUUUGUGACAUUUAGUGCCCACAGUCUUCCUGAAACGAUCUCUUUUCUUGGAUUGUAGUUUGCUACUUUUUCUCUCCAGCUCUCUUUUUGAAUCCUGUCUUCCCGAUUGGAAUCCUCUCACUUCUCUCCUCCCUCUUCUACUGCUCCUCCCAUAAAUGGCCACAUUUUCCAUGAUUCAGUGGCUGGACCUCAGCUCUCCCCUUCCUGAGAACUCUCCCUGGAUCUGGACUGAUAACCACCUGCUUAUUAAUGAACCUCACAUUGACAUUUGCUGACCAGAAUUCUUUGCUGGGCUCCAGUCCUGUGUAUCUAUUAGAUAUAGUGAACUCCAAGUUUCUCUUCAAAGAAUCAGUAUGUCAGUAUGUUCAGCUCUCUAAUUCAGUUCUCCAUUUUAAAGUUUAACUUCCUGGUUCUCUGUGCCCCCUUGCCUCUAGUUUCAGUAAACAACUUUCCUGCUAAUCAGUAGUUCACAUCUCUUCUCCUGGUCACCUGCUCUGACUUGUUCCUAACUGUUUUUCCCACCAAACUACCCACCCUACCACUCUGGCUUGUACCCCUGCUCUCUUUAAAAUAGCCAAUCAGAAUUAGUUUAGACUGUGUGGUCUAACCCUAGCCAAUAGGGGAUCGACACAGCAGUAGGGGCUACCUGUGUCAGGAAUAAGAACCCCAUUCCCCUCCCUUGUCCAGGUGUGCUCUCACCAUUGCUCCAUCUGUGAGACACACCCUUCUAGAGAAGUAAAUUGCCUUGCUGAGAAAAUUAAUAUUUGAGUGCUACUUUUUUUGAGGCCCUGAAAAUUUACAUAUAACAUGUCCAAUCAUCUAAUGGACUUUUUGAUCCAAUGUCUUACAAGUGCUUGUAACCUAUUCAUUUCCCCACCAUGCCCCAUUCCUUUUUUUUAGACAGAGUCUUGCUCUGUCACCCAGGCUGGAGUACAGUGGUGUGUUCUCGGCUCAUGCCUCCUGGGUUCAAGCAAUUCUCCUACCUUAGUCUCCUCUUAGUAGCUGGGAUUACAUGUAUGAGCCACUGUACCCAGCCCACCCCUAUUCCUUUUUCAGUGAAGGACACCACUAGUCACCCUGUCCCCCUUGCUAUGCUAUUCCCUUUGCACAGAUUGCUCCACCUUUUUAAAAUCUAGCGAACUCCAUUUAUCCAUCUGCAUCCAGCUCAAGCAUCAGAGACUCAGGAAAUCCUCUGGAAGCUGAGUUCCUGGAUAACUGUGCCAUGCUUUUUCUUUCUCAAACUUUCCAUAUCUUUCCUGUCCUCACUCUUGGCAAAUGAUGGCUGGCUCCACUUUGCACAAAGGGAAUAGAAGCAACUGGAAGAAUGCUUCCAGACAUCCCUGCCAUCCCCUGCUGAUCUAGCUACAUCUCCUGCAUACUGGCCUCUCUCCUGGGUACUCAGGGGGAACUUGGUAUGUCCCUCCCUGGCUAAGGUGACACCCUGGCUAAGAUGCUCCAGCCCCCUUUCCCUAUUGCCUUCCUGAUGGCAUUUCUCCGGCAAUUCUCCCCCUCUCUCCUGCACCAUCAAUUUCAGUCCAGGAUAAGGGAGGGCAGAAUUUUCAGGAAGCAGGAUGGAGGAGGGUUGGCAAACAGACCACUGGUCUUGACUAGCCUGCUUCCCACCACACAUGCUGCUUAUUUUUCUGGAGACAGAAUUGUAUGAGCUGAGAUGAGCAACUGGAGAGCCACCAACAGCCAUCCCUCCCUUUGUGCCUCACAACCCCAGUGACUGAUGGAGAUGGAGAUGGAGAUGGGAUUACUGGUUGCCUUCAUGGAGUUGUGUAAGGAGCACUGAGAAGACGCUUUAUGGAUGUCCCUACAAUUUCACCAUCAGAAGAGUAACUCCGUUAGGUUGAAAUUUGUCUUUUUUUCAACCUCUUAUAAAAUUACAAAUCAUCCCUGGAAAGGAUAACACUUUAAGCCAGGCAUACUUUUUCCUGUGCUGUUUCUCAUGGAGAGGAGCAGCGCAAGACAAGACAGCCAGGUGUUCAGGCUGCUGAAUGAGGAGGUGAGGAGCGGGUGGUAGGAGUGAAGAAAGGAGGAGGUGGGAGCAAUCGCGUACUCGCUUGUUUGAUUCCACAAACAGGAACCUUUUUUACUCUUUACCUAAAAUUUGACUAUUUAACUUUGCAAGGUUAUGUGGGAAGCAAAAAUCCUCAAUAUGAAAACAUUAGCCAAUGUAUCACUUAUAAAAUUGAUCCCAUCAGGCCUCUCCCUGCUUACACCACAGUCUCUUCCCUGCCUCACCUACAUUUUUGUGGGUCAGUCUGGUGAUGCCUAAGAGCCAAUGUAAACACUAUGCAAAUUGUCCUCGAGCUUAAACUGAUGAUCUAGGCGAACAUUCAGGAUUCUCUAAAGUUGGCAAGGGAGGUAUCACAGAACUGCUAAAGUAACACUUCAACUCUUGAUAAAAGAUGUGAAGCAGAGUCAGACCUGUUACCAGUUGGAUCAGAGGAAAAUAAACAAGGAUGAUGGUGAGAUGGGAGCUUCUAAAAAGACGGGUUUGAAUAUCAAAUGUUGAAGAGAGGCUCUUGGGAAAACUGCUGAAGCCUUCAGAUAGUUUUGCAAAUAGUGCCCACUUUCUGAUAUUCAGUGAAAGUAACCAUUAAGUAAAGACAGAAAUAUUGGCUGGGCAUGGUGGCUUAUGCCUGUAAUCCCAGCACUUUGGGAGGUUGAGGCGGGUGGAUCACCUCAGGUCAGGCUUUCGAGACCAGCCUGGUCAACAUGGUGAAAACCUUGUCUCUACUAAAAAUACAAAAAUUAGCUCAGUAUGGUGGUUAGUGCCUGUAAUCCCAGCUACACAGAAGGCUGAGGCAGGAGAAUCACUUGAACCCAGGAGGCAAAGGUUGUGGUGAGCAGAAAUCUCACCACUGCACUCCUGCCUAGGCGACAGAGUGAGACCAGUUGCUGCAAUCAGUGCUUGACUUUUUGUCCCAAGUUCACCCCCGGUCAUUCAGCUAUCCUGGCAUUCCUGGUGGUUCCUGUGGGACGGGGUCAGAGUGGGUGUUACAUGAAGAUUACCAGAUCAGUGGGGAGAUAGAAUGUUCCCCUCUAAUUCCUCCCUGUCACCGAGUGGCAUUAUGACAGCAGAGGGUGGUGGCAUGGUCUGAAAUUACUGUUUCUCUUACCAGUUGUGGCUUCUUUCAAUUCUGUGGACCCCGGGGUUUCUCAGCUUCUCCCACAAGUUCUGGUGAAUUCAGGGUGGUAUUCUUGUCUUUGAAUAGUUUGAAUAUAUUUCUGUGGGGGGAAUGAGUCCAGAGAAUCUUCUAUUCUGCCACCUUGUUGAGCUCCCCCAAAAUGUCUCCUCCUACAUUGGCACACACUUUAUUUCACAUUGACUGAUGAAUUUUGAGGAAUGUAUGUAAAGACACAUUGUCCUCACAGGAAACCGGUGGAGUUUGGGGUUGCCUCCAGUUUGCAUUUUGGUCAUUACACAGGGAGAAUAUACUUACACGCUAUCUGCCCCCCUUCUCCAGCCUUCCCUGCCCCCAAAAUCUAUAAAUCCCACAUUUAUUUGUGAUAAACAAUCUUGACAGGUUAGGGAUAUCCUGCUGGAAAUAAGACUGGUUCACGGAGCAUAACGUUUCUACAGAGCAGUCUAAGGGCUUCAGCAUCUUUGCCAGGUGCCCUGGUCGAGGUGGUUGUUCCUGUAGGUGUUCCUGUGGGAAUGAGUGAUUUGCAGACUUGAUGCUAACGCUCCCUGUAUGGUGCCUUUUGGCCAACACCAGCCUUUCAAUGGCUGAAGCAGAGACCUCAGGAAUGAGAUAACAGGACUAGAAGCCUGACUGUCUACUUAGUAGCUGGGCGAAAGUCAACAAGUGAAUCUCUGUGACUGGUGACUGAGUAGGAGUUCCACCCAAAGCAGAUCCUGAGACAAGGAUUUAGUGCAAGUAAUUUAUGUAGGUGUCAUCCCUAAGAGCAUGGGAGGAAGUGGAGAAUUUGGACAGAGAAAGGAGGAAGUCAACAAUGCAUGAGUGAAGGUGAACAAGGGCCCAGGACAGUGAGGCCCCACCUCAGAACUAUCCUCCUGGAGGGGCAAAGGUGCCGUGGUGCUGACUCCCACCUCCUUCCCCUCGAUAGGGAAAGUCACCCCCAUGUCAACUCCCAGCUCGUCCUGGCCUGCCCUGUGCUUAGGCUGAGCAUGAUGCAUAGCAGGGAAUAUGUCCAGGCACAGCAGCGCAGGGAGCCAUGGGCAGGUACAGGCUCUACCUGCAAGUGACCACAGGAGUGGCUUCAGGGCUGACCAACAGCAUCUGCUAUCAUGGAAUCAAAGUAGCCGACCCCACAAAGGAGCUGUGCCAAGUAAGUGAAAUAACGCAUAAGGACAUUCUGAGAUUCUGUGUAAAAUUUCAAGCAUCAAGCAAAUGUUAAUUAUUUCUUGAGGACCUUAUGCAAAGUGAAAUAAGCCAGUCCCAGAAGGACAAAGACUGUAUGAUUCCACACAUAGGAGGGACUUAGAGUUGCCAGCUUCAUAGAGACGGAAAGUAGAAUGGUGGUGGCCAGGGGCUGGAGGGAGGAGAGAGUGGGGAGUUAGUAGUGUUUAAUAGGGACUGAAUUUCAGUUUGGGAAGAUGAAAAAGUUGUGGAGAUCGGUUGCACAACAAUGGGCAUGGAGCUAACCCCACUGUACUGUAUUCUUAAAAAUGGUUCAGAUGGUAAAUUUUAGGUUAUGUAUAUUUUACCACAAUCAACAAGUUAGUUAUUGUACUUUCAAGGCACUCGAUGUGUUUCUCAGGAUGCUGGGCAGCACGUGGCCCUGAGGCGGGCACCAAGCCAAUGCUUGGGUGAUGAAGGAUGAAGACAAACCUGUUCUUUUUCACUCCAGUGAAUGGAACACUGGCAUUGUCUCCAGCUGGGGGCAAAGACACGAGGCCAAUUAAACAACCCAUUACAAACCUAUAUUGCCAAGUGAGUGCGGACUCCCCUGAUUCCAAUGAAGCCGCUGUUGAGGGCCGGACAGCAGCCGCUCUUGGCUUUGUGGACUGUGCAGCCUGUGCUGCGAUGACAGCUCCGUGGGUGUGUGAAAGCAGACAGUGCUUAGAGGAACGAGGAUGGCUGCACACCAACAAAUUCAUUACGAACACCAAAAAUUGAAUUUCAUGUAAUUUUCAUGUCAUAAAAAUUCUUUUUUUCCCCCUUCAAUCAUUUAAAAAUGUAAAAAGCUAUUCUUAGCUUGCAGGUUUUACAAAAACAGGUGGCAGCCGGAUUUGGUAGUGGCUGAACUUUGCCACCUCCAGCGAAGAGUGUUUUGGGAAUUUCCCCUUCUGAAAUUUUCUCCAGUGUGGCUGCAGCACAUCUGUUUGACAAUCCUGACCUCAGGGGUGACAAAUCUUCCUUGUUUCCUGGUGGAUUUAACUUUGCAGAAGGAUCAGCAGACAUCCUGAUCCAAACCUGAUAGAUGAGAUUGGUGUUAAGUUGAGAAAUUCUGUUUUGGGUCAAUCACAAGGUGAUUUAAAAAAUGAGAGAUUUUUCUGUAGUAGGUACAUUAGCUGUAAUAGAAUUCCAAUUCUAUAUCCUCAGGGACCAUUUUGUUCACUUGUAUCACACUAUAUUCUCUGGAUUCAGAGGGAGUUAUUGAAACUUUUUAGAGAUCAGGAAUAAAAUGUUCAUGCACAAGAAUUUUGUGUUGGGUUUUUAGAAAGAUAAGGACCUCACAUAUGGCUUCUGGGUACAGCAUGAAUAAAAUGUAGUUGCUAACAAAUUAAAAACCAGAACAUUCCUCAUACUGGGUUGAUUAGCACUUGUAGGUUCUGUACCAUCACUAUCUUCAACAAGGAACAUAAGCCUUGUCCCAAGUUGCAGGAUAAAUAUUUCAGGAACUCAGCUGCAAGGGUCAUGAUCACAUUGAUUUAUUGAUGUAUGCCUUUAAUCAAAGUGUACCCUUUAGAAUUAGUUGCUCUUAGGCAAAUGUCAAAAGCUCAAAACAUUCCUUAAAACACUUAAAAUAAUGACACCAUAAAACAUCAUUAGAAAUCCUUCAGGCUCGUUAGCUCUAGUUGAGGAUGUUUGAAUAUUUAGGAGAAUUGAACUGAGCCACUGAGCCCUUCCUGUCCUUCUUCUUCCAAGAAGAGAGAAAAUAAAUGAAAGCGGAGGGGCAGUUUUCCUUUUGCAUCUGACUAAGCUAGGAGCUUGCUUGCCCAGUGAGUGAAUGACAAUGCUGACUGUGUAUUUGGAGGGUUGAGCAUCCCCAGAUCUUUCCUUUCAUUUCUACAGACUAAGAAAAAUGGUAUUUCCCAGUUGAAUUUUAGCUGUAGACAUAUGGAAAAGAAUCAUCUAUAUUACCUCUAUAUGGAUAAAGCGUGUCUAUCAGCCUGGUGGCCUUAGUCCUCCAUGUCCAGCCAUUUUCUCCUCCAGGACAGUGGCUUAGCACCCUCUCCCAAAGUGCUUCGAGCACUAUCAUUCUAGACUAUUUCUGCGUGCUUUGACUUCUCCUUGCAGACUUUCUGCCCAACUGGUAUGUCCGGAAAGCUUCUGUAGUCCCAGAUUCAUAUGUCGAAAUCCUAACCCUUCAUGUGAUGACAUUUGGAGGUAGAGUUCUUGGGAGGUAAAUGGGUCCUGAAGGCAGGGCCCUCAUGAAUGAGAUUAGUGCCCUUACAAAAGAGGCCCCAUUAGCUCCCUCACCCCUUCCACCAUCUGAGGACACCAUGAGAACAUGUUGUCCAUGAACCAGGAAGCAGCCCUCACCAGACACUGAACCUGCCAGUGCCUUGACCUUAGACUUUCCAGCCUCCAAAAGUGUGAGAGCCACCCAGUUUAUGGGAUUUUGUUAUAGCAGCCUGAACAGACUAAGACACUAACUUCUGAUGAUUUUCCUUAUUUUUCAUAAAGUUGGUAUACCAAAGUGAGGGAAGACAAUGCCAGUAACAUCAGAACAUUGCUGAGGGCUACAGAAAUAUGACAGCCCCUGGGCCCUGCCCUUCCCCUCCCUGUGCAGACAACAGCACAGUGAAGAACAGAAGGAAGUUAUAAUGCUUGGGAAGUGGACUGUGAAGCCUGAUGAGCCCAUGCCCUCUCUCUCACAUGGUAAGAGGUGACCCCAAGUGACCAGAGGGGCUCAUCAGAGCUGAUCCGAGUUCAGUAAAAGGGCUGAUGUGGAAGAUGAGGCAGAAAGUGGAUCUUAGAUCUCAGAAGUAUCUGUUGAAUGGUGGAGAUCUUCACAGGGAAAACGUUCUCAGGAAGCAUUCCCAGCAGAGGUCUCAGCCCCUGGCUAAUUCACAGCCUGAGAUUAGAACAGAUUGAGUCAAAGGAGAUUCUACCUCUCCACACAUUUCCACUGUCCUGAAACUAGUCAGUGUUAGAACCAGAAUUCAAACUAUGAUGGCCUGCGCCCACAGCUUUGCUCUUCUUCUAACUCAGUAUUAGAUUCAUUGCCAUACUGACCAAAGAUCCGCUUUCACUGUUUAUCCUGAAGAGGAAGUUGAGAAAUUGACAUGUCAUAUAGAUGCCAUGAGGAAUCACUGGGGAAAGAUUAAGACAUUCCUUCAAGCUUCAGAUCUUUCAGAGAGAUAAGUGGUGCGGAGCUGCGCUGUUGAGAAACGAGUCUUGGUGUUCUGGCUCUUCACGUGUUCGCCUGCCUUCCUCCUCCAGCCCAGCUGCUGCAGUGGGGUUGUUACGCUUGCACUUUGUGGAGGAAAUGGAACUGGGGCUGCUCCAGUGUUCUGUUUUCAGGUUUUAAUGGAAGCUUCUGCAUUCAGCUGCAUCAACACUGCUUGCAAACAAGAGAAGAACCCAGAUAGAGGAGAACUUUGUGUGGGGACUUGAGUACUGAUUCCGAGGAGUAUCUGGAAUUCCCACCUUGCAAGUCCAUCUCACCUGGUGGUUGUUCCUGCUAAAAACGGAUCCCAUGGUCCUGUGCCCUGAGGGCCACAAACAGCAUAAAUGCUCUGGAGCAGAGCCUGGAAGUGGGAGGGUACAGAGGGAAGGUAUAAGCAGAUGGGGGUGGAAGCCUGCAGGGCAGUGCUAAAGCGUCUUGGAGAGAAUAGAAGAUAAAUUAGAUGACAAUGCACAAGGCCAAGAGCAUGGCAAAACAAGGAACUAAGAAGAAUGAAACUGGUUUGAUAAAGAGAUUAACAGUACACACAGUUAUGAAUGAAAGAUACAUUAUGUAAUCAUUAGCAGGUAUCCAUGGGUUGGUGCAAAAGUUAUUGCAGUUUUUGCCAUGGAAAGUAAAGGCAAAAACUGUGAUUACUUUUGUACCAACCUAAGACAUCUGCUUUCACCAAGGAGCUUAAAUGUUUUAAAACAAAAUAUUUUUAUGCACCCUACCUCCCCCCUGCAGUUUGGAGCCUUUCCUUUCCCAGAAUGAUCCAGCCCAGGUCCCCCCGCCCUUUGUCUUUAGCAACAAGUCUCCGGAGAGGCCUCACCUUUAGCAGUUUUCAUGUCUCAAUAAAGGUUGAAUGAAUGGACGAAGAGAGCUUUCAGAUAUAUAUACAUGUACUAUUAACAAAUGAUUGAUUUCCCUUUUGCCUUCCUGUGUAUCACACUCAGAUUUUGCUUUUGAAAAUUCCAUCAAGGCAGAUAUGAUGCCCAUGUUUAACGUGCUUAUGCCUGCAUUGACCGCUACCCUAAAUUUUUUCUCUGUAUCACUCUCUUGCAAUUAACAUUUUAUCGUAUCUGUGUGCUACAUAAUAUAUAGUUUAUUUUGUGUGUUUUUAAAGUCUCUAAAAAUCACAUCAUAUUCUAUGUGGUUUUCUUUUUUCCACUCAGCAUCAAUGCAGAGUGAUUCAAUGUCUUUGUGUGUAGUGUACUUCAUUUAUUUUGAAUGCUAAAAUAUAUUCCAGUGGGUAAAUAUAUAAAAUGUUAUUUAUCCUCUUGUCAGUGGACUAUUUCCAGGUUUUUUUUUUGAAAUGUGGAAACAUUGCUGCUUAAAAACUUUUCUAUAUAUGUCUCCUUGUACACGUCUGCAAGAAUUUCUCUUGGGUGUAUACCUAGGAGUAAGAGUCCUAGGUCAGGUUUAUAAAACAAUUCCAAAGUGCUUUCAAGUUCAGCCAGUCAGAUCAAGUGAACCAAUUUACACUCCCAUCCGUGAUAUAUGAAUUUACUUGAUCCACGUUCUUUUCAUACUUCUCGUUGUUUGCCAAUCUGCAGGGUGUAAAUGGUAUAAUGUGUGGACUUAAUUUACAUUUACCAGAUCAUAAAAGUGGUUUAGCAUCUUUUUAUGACUCUUAGCCAUAUGCUCUACUGAGUUGAAUAGUGUCCCUGCCUCCCCCCAAAUUCAUGUCCACCUGGACCUCAAAAUGGGACCUGGUUUGUAAAUAGGUUAUUAUAGCUGUAAUUAUUUAAAUUAUAUUGAUGUUAUGCUGGGUUAGGGUCGACACUAAAGACAAUGACAGAUGUCCUUAUAAGAGAACCAUGUGAAGACAGAAGUGAUAUGGUUUGGCUGUGUCCCCACCCAAAUAUCAUCUUGAAUUGUAACUCCCAUAAUUUCCACAUAUCAUGGGAGGAACCUGGUGGGAGGUGAUUUGAUUAUGUGGGUGAAUCUUUCCUGCACUGUUCUCAUGAUAGUGAAUGAGUCUCACAAGAUCUGAUGGUUUUAAAAAUGAAAGUUUCCCUGCACAAGCUCUCUUCUCUUGUCUGCCGCUGUGCGAGAUGUGCCUUCCACCUUCUGCCAUGAUUGUGUGUCCUCCCCAGCCACUUGGAACUGUAAGUCUAAUAAACCUCUUUCUUUAGUAAAUUGCUCCGUCUCAGGUAUGUCUUUAUCAGCAGUGUGAAAACAUUAAAUUGGUACCAGUAGAAUGGGGAAAAUUGGUAAUGCAGUAAAUUGUAGCAGCAGAAUGGGGCAUUGCUGAAAAGAUACCCCAAAAUGUGGAAGCAACUUUGGAACUGGGUAACAGGCAGAGACUGGAACAGUUUGGAGGGCUCAGAAGAAGACAGGAGGAUGUGGGAAAGUUUGGAACUUCCUAGAGACUUGUUGAAUGGUUUUGACCAAAAUGCUGAUGAUAAUAUGAAGAACAGAUGGACUCAGAUAAAGAUGAGGAACUUGUUGGGAACUGGAGUAAAGUUGACCCUUGUUAUGUUUUAGCAAAGAGACUAGCAGCAUUUUGCCCCUGCCCUAGAGAUUUGUGGAACUUUGAACUUGAGAAAAAUGAUUUAGGUUAUCUGGUGGAAGAAAUUUCUAAGCAGCAAAGCAUUAAAGAGGUGACUUGGGGGCUGUUAAAGGCAUUCAGUUUUAAAAGGGAAAUAGAGCAUAAAAGCUUGGAAAAUUUGUGCAGUCUGACAAUGUGGUAGAAAAUAAAAGCCUAUUUUCUGAGGUGAAAUUCAAGUUGGCUGCAGAAAUUUGCAUAAGUAAUGAGGAGCCAAAUGUUAAUCCCCAAGGCAAUAGGGAAAAUGUCUCCAGAGCACGUCAGAGGUCUUCAUAGCAGCCCCUCCCAUCACAGGCCUGGAGGCUUAGGAGGAAAAAGUGGUUUUGUGGGCUGGGCCCAGGGUCCCCAUGCUAUGUGCAGCCUAGAGACUUUGUGCCCUGUGUCCCAACCGCUCCAGGUGUGGCUUUAAAAAGCCAGUGUAGAGCUCAGGCCAUGGUGUCAGAGGGUGCAAGGCCCAAGCCGUGGCCACUUUUAUGUGGUGUUGCACCUGCAAGUGCACAGGAGUCAAGAACUGGGGGUUUGGGAACCUCCGCCUAAAUUUCAGAUGUAUGGAAACACCUGGAUGCCCAGGCAGAAGUUUGCUGCAGGGGUGGGGCUCUCAUGGAGAACCUCUGCUAGGGCAGUGUGGAUGGGAAAUGUGGGGUCAGAGCCCCCACACAGAGUCCCUACUGGGGCACCGCCUAGCGGAGCUGUGAGAAGAAGGCCACUGUCCUCCAGACCCCAGAAUGAUAGAUCCGCUGACAGCUUGCACUAUGUGCCUGGAAAAGGUGCAGACACUAAACACCAGCCUGUGAAAGCAGCCAGGAGGGAGGCUGUACCCUGCAGAACCACAAGGCAGAGCUUCCCAAGACCAUGGGAACCCACCUUUUGCAUUGGCAUGACCCAGAUGUGAGACAUGUUGUCAAAGAAGAUCAUUUUGGAGCUUUAAGAUUUAACUGCCCUGCUGGAUUUGGGACUUGCAUGGGGUAUGUAGCCCCUUGGUUUUGGCCGAUUUUUCCCAUUUGGAAUAGCUACAUGUACCCAAUGCUUCUACCCCAAUUGUAUCUAGGAAGUAACUAGCUUGAUUUGUUUUUUUACAGGCUCAUAGGCAGAAAGGACUUGCCUUUUCUCAGAUGAGAUGUUGGACUGUGGACUUCUGAGUUAACAAUGAAAUAAGUUAAGAAUUUGGGGGACUGUUGGGAAGGCAUGAUUUAUUUUGAAAUGUGAGGAGAUGAGAUUUGACAGAGGCCAGGGGUGGUGUGAUAUGGUUUGGCUGUGUUCCCACCCAAAUAACGUCUUGAAUUGUAACUUAACACGAUUCCCACAUGUCAUGGAAGGAACCCUGGAGAGGUGAUUUAGUUAUGGGGCAGGUCUUUCCUGCAGUACUCUCUUGAUAGUGCGUGAGUCUCAUUAGAUCUGAUGGUUUUUAAAAGGGGAGUUUCCCUGCACAAGCUCUCUUCUCUUAUCUCCCGCCAUGUAUGAUGUGUCUUUCACCUUUGCCGUGAUUGUGAGGCCUCCCCAGGUUUAUUGAAACCAUAAGUCCAAUAAACUUCUCUUUUGUACCUUGCCUAGUCUUGUGAAAACAGACUAAUACAAGAAGGAUAAGUUGGAGUGAGGCAUCUACAAGCCAAGAAACACCAAAGAUUGCCAGCAACCUCCAGGAGCUGGGAAUAGGCAAGGAAGUGUUCUUCUCUAGUGCUUUCAGAAUGAGCAUGGCUCUGCCAGCACUCUGAAUUUUCCCCUGGUCAAUGCUAAAAAAUUUCUCUGGCAAGUCCACAAUGCUGUAAUUGCCAUAGCCUCAUAUAAGUCUUGAUGUCUGGAGGGCAAUUCCCUCUGCUGUUCAUUUUGUUAGGGAUGAUAGAGCGACUGCUGCCAGGGCUCUCCCCAGAUCCUUUUGGAUUCAUUUGCAUUCUCUGUUGCACUAUGUUUUUUUCUGGGAGUACUUCCUAAUAAAUCACUUUCACAUGUAUCCUUGCAGAACUAACCUAUUUUAUUUUAUUUAUUUAUUUUUAGACACAAUCUUGCUCUUUCGCCAGGCUGGAGAGCAGUGGCACAAACUCGGCUCACUGCAAACUCUGUCUCCCGGAUUUGAAUGAUUCCCCUGCCUCAGCCUCCGAGUAGCUGGGACUACAGGUGCUUGCCCCCCACCCGGCUAAUUUGUGUGUGUGUGUAUUUUAUUAGAGACAGGGUUUCACCAUGGCCAGGAUGGUCUGGAUAUCCUGACCUUAUGAUCUGCCCGCCUCGGCCUCCCAAAGUACUGGGAUUACAGGCAUGAGCCACCGCGCCCGGCCCAGAACUAACCUAUUUUAAAUCUUUGACAUCUCACAUACAUUUUGGAAUAUUUUUUCAGGUUAAAUGAAAAUCCUGUUGAGAUUUUAUUUGGAAUUGUAUAGAAUGUAUAGAU